UUUUUGGGGAGCUAGGUAGGGCAUCAAAGGCUCCGCCUGGGCGUGGAAGGGCAGCGAUGAGCGUCUGGAACUACGUCGUCACUGCGCACAAGCCGACCAAUGUGACGCACUCGUGCGUUGGAAAUUUCACGAGCCCCCACGAGCUCAAUCUCAUCAUCGCAAAAUGUACACGGAUUGAAUUUCACUUGCUCACAGCUCAAGGUCUCCAGCCUCUUUUGGACGUGCCAAUCUAUGGCCGGAUUGCAACCUUGGAGCUCUUCAGGCCUCCGGGAGAGACCCAGGAUGUCCUGUUCGUCUCCACGGAGAGAUACAAGUUUUGUGUCUUACAAUGGGAUUCGGAGACGACGGAACUUGUCACGAGGGCAAUGGGUGACGUUUCAGAUCGAAUUGGUCGGCCGACGGAUAAUGGACAGAUUGGCAUUGUUGAUCCAGAGUGUAGGCUGAUUGGUCUUCACCUCUACGAUGGCUUGUUCAAAGUAAUACCAAUCGACAACAAAGGACAGCUGAAAGAGGCGUUUAACAUCAGGCUGGAAGAACUGCAAGUGCUGGACAUAAAGUUCCUGUAUGGCUGCUCGAAACCAACAAUUGCUGUCCUUUACCAGGACAACAAAGAUGCUCGUCACGUCAAAACAUACGAGAUACAACUGAAAGAGAAGGACUUUGGUGAGGGGCCAUGGUCGCAGAAUAACCUCGACAAUGGAGCCGGUAUGCUUAUUCCCGUGCCAACACCCCUUGGUGGCGUUAUAAUAAUUGGUGAGCAAACCAUCGUUUACUACAGCGGUUCAGCAUUCAAGGCUAUUCCCAUCCGGCCUUCAAUCACGAAAGCAUAUGGGAAAGUGGAUGCUGAUGGAUCACGGUAUUUGCUCAGUGAUCAUACUGGAUCGCUACAUUUGCUUGUGAUCACUCACGAGAGGGACAGGGUACUGGGUUUGAAAGUUGAACUCCUCGGGGAGACCUCCGCUGCAUCAAGUCUUUCCUACCUUGACAACGGGGUUGUUUAUGUUGGCUCCAGCUACGGGGAUUCACAGCUCAUAAAACUGAACGCGCAAGUAGACUCUAGAAACUCUUAUGUGGAGGUUCUAGAGAGUUUUGUCAAUCUUGGGCCAAUUGUCGAUCUCUGCGUAGUGGACCUGGAGAGGCAAGGUCAAGGGCAAGUAGUGACGUGCUCUGGUGCAUACAAGGAUGGAUCCUUGCGUAUUGUCCGAAAUGGUAUCGGCAUCAACGAGCAGGCCUCUGCUGAGCUUCAAGGUAUUAAAGGCAUGUGGUCUUUACGAGCCACGUCCAAGGACGUCUUUGACAUAUUCCUGGUGGUCAGUUUCAUCAGCGAGACAAGAAUCCUGGCCAUGAAUAUGGAUGAUGAACUCGAGGAAACUGAGAUUGAAGGUUUUGAUUCCGAAGCACAAACUCUUUUCUGCCAUAACGCUAUUCACGACCAGAUUAUUCAGGUAACUUCGACUUCUUUGAGGCUGGUUGAUGCCACUUCUCGACGGCAAUUGACGGAGUGGAGAACUCCGUCUGCAGUUGCGAUAAACGUGGCCACAGCCAAUGCUUCGCAGGUUCUUCUCGCGACUGGUGGUGGAAAUCUUGUUUAUAUUGAAAUCGGUCGCGGGUCUCUGACGGAAGUGAAGCACGUACAACUCCAGAAUGAGAUAUCGUGUCUGGAUAUAAAUCCGAUUGGUACCGAUCCCGAUCGUAGCAAUAUAGCAGCGGUGGGAAUGUGGACGGAUAUCAGUGUGCAAGUAUUUUCUUUACCCAACCUUGAGGUUUUGGCGAAAGAAAGUCUCGGCGGUGAAAUUAUACCACGCUCGGUUUUAAUAUGUGCAUUUGAAGGAGUCUCAUAUUUGCUUUGCGCUUUAGGAGACGGCCAUCUUUUCAAUUUUCUGAUCGACACCAGUAACGGUCAGCUUUCCGACAGAAAAAAGAUUUCCUUGGGCACACAGCCGAUCAUGCUCCGGACUUUCAGAUCUAAGAAUGCAACUCAUGUGUUUGCGGCGUCGGAUCGGCCUACGGUCAUUUACAGUAGCAACAAGAAGCUGCUUUACAGCAACGUGAAUCUGAAGGAGGUGAAUCAUAUGUGUCCUUUCAACUCUGCAUCUUUUCCCGACAGCCUGGCAAUUGGAAAGGAGGGAGAGCUCACAAUCGGAACGAUUGAUGAUAUCCAGAAGCUACAUAUACGCACGGUGGCACUUGGGGAACACCCUCGCAGGAUCUGUCACCAGGAGCAGACUCGGACGUUUGGCCUUUGCACCGCAAGGUUUUAUAGCAACCCAAACGGGGAGGAUCACGAAAGCCAUUUCGUAAAGUUGCUGGACGACCAGACCUUCGAAGUUUUAGGCUCGUAUAACCUGGACACAUUCGAGAACGGCUGCACGAUCAUUACGUGCAGCUUCACUGAUGACCCGGCUACGUAUUAUUGCGUUGGAACGGCCUAUGCUCUACCCGAGGAAAACGAACCAAGCAAGGGACGUAUAUUGAUCUUCACUGUAGAAGAUGGCAAGUUCCAGCUCGUUACUGAGAAGGAAACGAAAGGAGCUGUUUACAAUCUAAACGCCUUCAACGGGAAGCUGCUAGCGGGCAUCAACCAGAAAAUCCAGCUCUACAAAUGGACACAGCGGGAUAGCACUCGGGAGCUUCAGUCGGAGUGCGGUCACCACGGCCACAUCCUAGCGCUUUACGUGCAAUCUCGCGGAGAUUUCAUCGUCGUGGGCGAUCUCAUGAAGAGCAUAUCGCUACUUCUCUACAAGCCGGAGGAAGGAGCGAUCGAAGAACGCGCGCGGGAUUACAACGCAAACUGGAUGACUGCUGUGGAGAUCCUGGACGACGACAUCUACCUCGGAGCCGAGAACAGCUUCAACCUCUUCACGGUGAGGAAGAACAGCGACGCUGCGACGGACGAGGAGAGAGGCCGGCUGGAAGUGGUGGGAGAGUACCACCUUGGCGAGUUUGUCAACCGGUUCCGGCAUGGCUCGCUGGUGAUGCGCUUGCCGGACAACGAGACGAGCCAGAUCCCGACUGUGAUCUUCGGCACCGUCAACGGAGUGAUCGGAGUGGUGGCCUCGCUCCAGCAAGAACAGUUCAACUUCCUCCAGCGGCUCCAGCACUGCCUGGCCAAGGUGAUCAAAGGCGUCGGGGGGCUGAGCCACGAGCAGUGGCGAUCGUUUAGCAGCGAGAGGAAGAACGCCGACGCCAAGAACUUCCUCGACGGCGAUCUCAUCGAGUCGUUCCUGGAUUUAAACCGGGCCAAGAUGGACGAAGUCUCGGCAGCCAUGAGCGUGUCCGUGGAAGAGCUUUGCAAGCGUGUAGAGGAGAUGACGAGGUUACACUGAGAAGUGUGUUGUGAGAGAGGAGUUUUAUACUGUUGUAAAAAUUCAAGUAAUUUAUUUACCUAAGAGAGAAGAAGAUGAUUUUUGUUCUUCUUCCUUUUAGGGUUUCUGGCUA